ACACUCCAGCAGACAAGCUUUGCUGCAGAUGCCAUGGGCUGCUGGAAGCAAGAGAAAAGCAACACCUGGACAUUUCCCACCCUGAUCCUCUGCCUCUAUGGAUUCUUCUACAUGAUGAAACCAUCAGAACCUUUCCUAACCCCUUAUCUAACAGGGCCAGAUAAAAACCUGACCAUAGACAAGGUUACCAACCAGAUUUUCCCAGUGUGGACAUACUCCUACCUCGCUCUCCUUUUCCCAGUCUUUCUGAUCACAGACUACCUGCGCUACAAGCCCAUCCUCCUCCUCCAGGGCAUCAGCUUCAUCACCACCUGGCUCCUGCUGCUCUUUGCACAGGGGGUGCUGGCCAUGCAGAUGGUGGAAUUCUUCUACGGGAUGGCGACAGCCACCGAGGUCGCCUAUUACGCCUACAUCUACAGCGUUGUCAGCACCGAUCGCUAUCAGAGAGUGACCAGCUACUGCAGAAGCAUCACCCUGGCUGCAGCCACCCUUGCUGCCGUGCUGGGGCAGCUGCUGGUUUCCCUAGCAGAUGUAUCCUACUUUCACCUCAAUGCCAUCACUUUGGCUUCCGUGUCCCUGGCAUUUGUGACUUCCUUUUUCCUCCCAAUGCCCCAGAAGAGCAUGUUCUUCCACAGGAAAGACAUCCCGGUAGCUCUGCCAGGACCAGAUCAAGUCGUGGCUGCAGUUGGCUCCCACAGGCCCUCGAGCUGCCCAGAGGACAAGGGCUCUGGAUCUGCUGGCAGGGAACCCACACCUGAACAGCAGGCAGGUCGUGUCCAGCCCCAGAAUGGUGUGCUCAGAGUGCUGGUGCAGCUGAGCCAGGACCUGAGGGACUGCUACAGCUCCAGGAAACUUCUCUACUGGUCCCUCUGGUGGGCUCUGGCUACAGCAGGCUUUAACCAGGUUCUGAACUAUAUCCAAGUACUGUGGGACUUCAGAGCCCCCUCUCACAGCUCUGCAGUGUACAAUGGAGCUGUUGAAGCAAUAGCAACUUUUUUAGGCUCGGUAACAGCUUUUGUAGUACAGUACAUGAACAUUAACUGGGACCUUUUUGGAGAACUGGCUUUAGGGAUCUUCUCUGCAAUAGAUGCUGGUUCUCUGUUUCUCAUGUACUUUACUACCAAUGUCUGGGCAUGUUACGCCAGUUAUCUCAUUUUCAAAGCAUGUUAUAUGCUCCUCAUAACAAUAGCAACGUUCCAGAUUGCGGUCAAUCUGAGCAUGGAGCGCUAUGCCUUGAUGUUCGGAUUCAACAACUUUGUUGCACUGGGGAUUCAGACCAUUCUUACAGCAGUUGUUGUGGAUUCAAAAGGCCUAGGACUAGACAUAGUGACUCAGUUCUUAAUUUACAGCAGCUACUUUGCAGUCAUAGCUGGGAUUUUCUUGACCAGAAGCAUUUGCAUGCUUGUGUCAAGCAAAUGCAAAAGGAAAACAGCAAGAUCUUGCAAAGAACAUCUGAACCAUGCUGAAGACAAAUCCAAAGGGCAGAUUGCAAUUGGCUAUAUGACACAGCUGUAG